AUGCACGAGGGAUUACGCAAUCGCAGCCAGAACGAAGUCAUACCCUACAAUGAUUGCCUCUACAAGAAUCACUAUCUAUACAAGUACAUCGCGUUGCUGGACAUCGACGAGGUCAUCAUGCCGAAGGGCAACUUUGUGCUCUGGUCGGAGCUGAUGGAGAAGGUGGUUCCCGAGUCGCUGCAAAUCAAACCGGAGGGCUACAACAGCUACAAUUUUCGGAACGUCUACCUCCUCGAUGACCAACAGCACGAGCAUGGCUGGCACAAGGACAUACCCAUGGCUGGCAUGCAUAUGCUGCAGCACGUGCACCGCGCCAAAAACUACACCAAGCCCAACCAGUACGUCAAAUGUUUCCAUGUCCCAGAGCGCGUGCUCACGCUGCACAAUCACUUUCCGCUCGCCUGCCUCGGUGGUGUCUGCAAAUCCUACCCGGUAAAUACGACCGAUGCGCAGCUGCAGCACUAUCGCGCCGAUUGCGUGAAUACGUUGAAGAAAAGCUGUGAGGAGUACCGCGAGAACUCGGUCGAAGACAAGACGAUCUGGAAGUACAAGGACGAGCUGAUACGACGCACUUUCCGCACGCUCGACACGCUGGGCUUCUUUAAGCGGCCGCUCGGCUACAGCAACGGCGGCAUUGGCUCGACGACGCAUGCCAGUGAGCGGUGAUUUCUGGGCAGUUGGUGGGCGGGCGACAGCAAUAGCUGGUUGGAAGGCGGCGGUAGUGGUAGUGGCGCGGGCUAUGCGGCAGAUUAUUACGAGCGCGAGCGCUGGCGAGAGACGGCAGUGGGCAGCAAUGAGUUUUCCUGAUAAUUCUGAGCGGAAUUUUGAAGCGAACGACAGGUAAACUAUGAAUGACAUGAACUCGUUUACUAUUUUUUUUCGUGUUCGUGAGCGUGCUUGAACAAGUUUUUAGCGCAAAAGCCUCCCGCAACUGCGCGAGCGAGCGAAACUCCACUACGAAAACGAUUUUCCCCUCAACUAGUUUCAAGGCAUCAGCCUCUAAACCCUCGACCUACAAAGCAGCCUAUUAUAAAAUA